AUGCUCGAGGGUUGGAAAGACAGAGAAACAGUGGUGUACUGUCAGUUGGAUCAAGAACUGGAGCCUGGCGAAAAGGUAGACGCUAAACCUCCGCCCGGAGUCGUCCGCUGCCCCAUCUGCAGGCAGGACAGUAACAUCGGCAAUGAUUUACGGUGGGUGCAGUUGCUGACACCUGACUUUGUGACGAUCAACUUGCAAAACGCGAAUGCGAUGGAGCUUUUCCCACUUGAGUGCGAGUCCUGUAAAACGAAGGACAAGGCAGUGGCUCGGUGUGUAGACUGUGCCAACUUUCUGUGCCUAAAUUGUGUCCAAGCGCAUUAUUUCAUGAGAUUUUUCGAAAACCAUACGGUCCUGGGGUUCGAUAAGAUCAAGAACACUGAUGACACAUUGCUCAUUCACAAACCGGUCAAUUGCCUCGUUCACCCAUCUGAAACCAUGCGAUAUUUUUGCUCUACAUGCCAAAUUCCGGUAUGCAACGAAUGUGCAAUGGCAAAUCAUAAGCCUCCAAACCAUAAACAUGAGAAAUUCAGCACAUUUCUGGAUGAAAAAGUCCGUGAACAACUCAUGGGCUUUAUCAAGAAGGGAUUGGAAAAGGUGCGUUGCUGUGAUUCUGCCAAUCGUGAGUUGGAGAACAGCUUAAAACAGUUGCAGAAGAACGUGGACGAUGCUCGACAUUCGAUCGAAGACGCCGCGUCGCAGAGCAUAGAGUUCAUUAAUAACUGCAAAGUGAAAUUUAUGGAAGAUUUGGAAAAUCUACAUUUAAAUUGUGAGUCUCGAAUAAUGGAAAACCUUCAAACCAUGAACAAUACGUCAGAAAAAAUCAAUGAUGCAUGCAGAGUGCCAGUCAAGAUCACGUUCAUGGGCAACAUGUUGCAGUUGCAAAAUGCGAUUUGCUGCAACUUCGGCAAAUUUUAUGGUAAUUAUUUAUAG